CCGCCCGCCGCCUUCCCGCCGCCUCCCGCCGCCAGCGCCGACAUGGAGGCCGUGAACGCCUUCAACCAAGAGCUCUUCUCACUGAUGGAGAUGAAACCUCCUAUUUCCCGAGCAAAGAUGAUUCUCAUCACAAAAGCUGCCAUUAAAGCUAUUAAGCUCUACAAGCAUGUUGUCCAGAUUGUGGAGAAGUUUAUCAAAAAGUGCAAGCCGGAGUACAAAGUGCCGGGCCUGUACGUCAUCGACUCCAUCGUCCGCCAGUCCCGGCACCAGUUCGGAACAGACAAGGAUGUCUUUGGGCCAAGGUUCUCCAAGAACAUUACUGCCACAUUCCAGUAUUUGUAUCUGUGUCCAUCUGAAGACAAGAGUAAAAUAGUUCGUGUUCUGAACCUCUGGCAGAAAAAUGGAGUAUUUAAAAUUGAAAUAAUUCAGCCUCUCUUGGAUAUGGCAGCAGGAACCAGUGCCACUGCACCCAUGGCAGAGAAUGCUACUAACAAUGAAGGCUCGCCGCCCCCUCCGGCCAAGGUUCCCUCGGAGCCCCCGCAAGUGACGGCGAACUCGGUGCCCGCCGUGCCGCAGCUGCCCAGCUCCGAUGCCUUUGCAGCUGUAGCCCAGCUGUUCCAGACAACACAAGGACAGCAGCUCCAGCAAAUCCUGCAGACCUUCCAACAGCCUCAGAAGCCCCAGUCACCGGUCAUAGACAACACUGUGAUGGCUCAGGUUCAAGCUAUUACUGCUCAGCUGAAAACCACAGCAGCACAGCCCACAGAGCAGAAAGCUGCUUUCACAGCACCUGAGCAGAAAACAUCAUUUGACAAAAAGCUGCUAGAUCGGUUUGACUACGAUGAUGAACCAGAAGCAGUGGAAGAUGCAAAGAAAGAAGAUUCAGCUCCUUCCCCUUCGGUGUCUCAGCCAGCUUUGACCUCUCUCUCAUUCAGUGCACAGGCUGGAUGGUGCUCAAUGCCGGGUGGCUUUCCAGGAGAAGGCAUGCAACAGCCAGUAUUUCCUCAGCUCCCAAAUAUGGAUCCUUUUCAGCAGCGGAUGAUGGGAAUGCAGCAGGAUCCGAUGCGGCACCAGGUGCCGCUUCCUCCAAAUGGGCAAAUGCCAGGUUUUGGUCUCCUGCCUACCCCCCAGUUCCCACCCAUGGCUCAGCCAGUGAUGCCUCCAGCAGCGCCAGUGCAGCCAACUUUCCAGUCUCCCUUCCCAGUCCAGGCUGAGCCACACCUGCAGAAACCCCACCAGCAGGAUAUGGAAGUGGAACAGCCACCCAUUCAGGAGGGAAAACGACAUGUUUCUGACAGUAGGAAAUCAAGAUCUAGAUCUGCAUCAAGGUCCCCCAAGAGGAGACGCUCGCGGUCGGGCUCGCGCUCGCGCCGCUCGCGGCACCGCCGCUCCCGCUCGCGCUCCCGGGACCGGCGCCGGCGCUCGCCCAAGUCGCGCUCCCAGGAGCGGCGCGAGCGCGAGCGGGAGAAGGAGCGGCGCUCCAAGGGGCUGCCCCAGAUCAAGGCAGAGACCGUCAGCGUUUGCAGUACCACACUCUGGGUAGGACAGCUGGACAAAAGGACGACUCAGCAGGAUGUGGGAAGUCUCUUGGAGGAGUUUGGCCCCAUUGAGUCCAUCAAUAUGAUACCACCCAGAGGAUGUGCCUACAUUGUCAUGGUGCACAGACAAGAUGCCAACAGAGCCCUCCAGAAACUGAGCCGAGGCAACUUCAAAGUCAACCAGAAAUCCAUCAAGAUUGCCUGGGCUCUGAAUAAAGGAAUAAAGCCAGACUACAAGCAGUAUUGGGAUGUAGAAUUGGGUGUGACUUACAUACCAUGGGACAAAGUCAAACCUGAAGAUCUUGAAAGUUUCUGUGAAGGAGGAAUGCUGGACAACGAGACCCUUAGUCCAGAGUGGAAGGGAAUUCCCAAGAAGUCUGAAAAUGAAGUGGCUCAGAAUGGAGGUGCAGAAGCUGCACACAAUGAACCAGUGUCACCUAUUCCCAAAGCUUUACCUGUCCCAAUUCCUGUUCCCAUGCCUGCACCAAUAACAGUACCUCCUCCACAGGUUCCCCCACAUCCAUCAGGGCCUCCCGUGGUUGGUGCACUCCAGCCCCCUGCUUUCACAGCACCUUUAGGAAUCCCCCCUCCUGGAUUUGCCCCCGGGGUGCCGCCGCCGCCACCGCCUCCGUUCCUCCGGCCCGGCUUCAACCCGCUGCAUUUACCUCCAGGAUUCCUUCCUCCCGGGCCACCACCUCCCAUAACUCCUCCGGUCUCUGUCCCGCACACUCCGGCAGUGAACAUCCCAAACUCUACAGCAACUGGUGGGAAUGAGGACACUACAAAGGAGUCGUCUGUAGGAAAUCCCAUCCCAACAGUAGUUUCUGGAGGCAGAGGGAAUGCUGAAAGUACUGACACUUCCAAAAUCUAUGGCACUGUUCCACCUCCUGUAGCACCUACCAAUGUCCCUGCUCCUGUCACCCAGGCUGUUCCACUCCUUGGCACCCAGGGCGUGGCCCCGCCGCCGCCCGCGCCCGUGGUGGGGCUGCAGACUCCGUCCACGGGGCUGCUGGGCGCCCGGCCCGGGCUGAUCCCGCUGCAGCGCCCGCCGGGGAUGCCGCCGCCGCCGCCGCUGCCGCGCUUCCCCAUGAUGCCCCCGCGCCACAUGCCCCCGCACAUGAUGCACAGAGGGCCCCCGCCGGGCCCCGGCAACUUCGGGAUGCCUCCCCCGCACGGAAUGAAAACCCCCUUCCCUCCGCCCGGCCACUUCGUGCGGCCCGGCGGCGGCCCGGGCGGCGGCGGGCCCGAGGAGAACAGGGACGGGCGGCAGUUCAGGAACGACAGGCAGUUCACGCCCAACAGAGAGCAGGAGCGGUUCGGGAGGAGAUCCUUCGGGAACCGGGUAGAGAACGACCGGGAGCGCUACGGCGGCCGCGACGACCGGGAGCACGAGCGGCUGGGCGGCCGCGACAGGCGAGACUGGGGACGGCGCAGCCCCGAGCGCGACAGGCACAGGGACUCGGAGGACAGGAGCAGGCGCUCCAGCGGCCACCGAGACAGGGAGAGGGAUUCCAGGGAUCGGGAGUCUCGUAGAGACAAGGAAGAAAGCCGCGGCAAGGAGAAGCCGGAGGUGACAGACAGGGCGGAGGGCGACAAAAACCACGAGUCCCACGGCAGCAAAACGGAGGGCGCGGAACUUGUUUCAGAACUCGCUGCGGGAGACGCCGAGCCCGCGGGCGCGAAACCCGCGCCAGAGUCGGUGCCCGAGGCUACCUCAUCCCUGGAACAGGCGGACAAGGACACGGGCUCCGCGGCGGAGGCGCCGCGCUAGGGCCGCAGCCCGGCUUGGAGUGUCGAGCUUUAGUUGUACAGUGCUGUAAAUCCGCUUCCGCCCCUGCGCCCCCGCCGCGGGGCACUGUGAGCAAUUUGAUUGCUUCCCUUCUAUUUAAAAUAGCCACAACAUAACAUAAAAUACUGAAGAGAUGAUUAAAAUAUUACCCAUUUUUGCUGUAACUUUUUUAAAGUUUUGACUUUAAAAAGUUUACGAAUCAGAAGUAGAAGUGCUUUCUAUUUUUUUUUUAAUUUAAGAAAAGGUAACGGUGAAAGCUCCUCAAAACAAUAGGGAUGUGUUUUUAAUAAACUCUAUUUUCGUAACAAACUUUUAACGUGUGCUAUUCUUCCUACGCUGCACUGAAGUGGAAAAGGAGUGUUCAGCAGCCUAAAGUUGGAACUGUUAAUGCUGUACUGGAGUCUAAAUUAGAGUGGUUUGGUUCUGUUUGUUAAAGGAAAUCCAUCUGUUUGUGUAGCGAUUCACGGAAGUGAAUUUUUAUUUGUAACAGUCCUCUGGAGUUUUAGAUUGCUGCAUUUUAAUGAACUACUUGACCACCCCGGGUAAAAGUUAGUUUUAAGAUGUUAAUUGCGGAGUUAACUGUUUUAGUGUUUGCAAUGCAACCCAUUCUUUACUUUAUUUUUUUUUCCCCCCUCCCUCCCUUCAGUUGGUUCUGUGGUUCCUGUUGCCCUUAAUUUGCCUUUUUUUUAAGAAGUGGCACCUUCAGGCACCGACCAUCUGCUCUGAGGUUGCAAAGCCCGUGCCGGGCUGGACAGCGCCCGCUCCGCAGCUUUUGUACUUGUUGGGAAGUGAGACCUCGGAGGCCCCAAAAUUCCAGCCUGGCUCUCGAGGCGGGGCUGGGACGAGGACUCGGCCCUUCCUCCAUGGAGAUGGCGCUGCUCCUGCGGGAACGCCGGCCCCUCCUCGCCCUGCCAGAGGUAGGUUGUGCCCCCUGGGCUGGGAACAGAGGGUGUUCCUGGUGUUCCUGGGUGUUGUGGCACCUCCUCUCCAGAGCACAUCCCUGUCCUGUCACCUGUGCCGAGGGCAGGUGCAGUUUCUCUGUGGCUGAUCCCUGGGGCAGGGACACUUUGGGAAGUUCUGCCCACCCCACGUGGCACAGAGCUCUCAUAACCCCAGCAGCGUUGGUGUACGAAUCCUGUGCAUAUUCAGUGUUUUUUUUUCUCCUUGCUCUAGGUGUGUUCUACCUUUAAAGCUGGGGAUUUUGCCCCAAAGGAAGGACAGCUGCUUCCUUACAUCAGUCCUUUUUUACAGCUGCCCUGCAGCAGAGGGAAUUGUCUCUGGGGGAGGGAGAGGGUGGGAGAGCCACUGUGGAGCUCUGGACUGGGGAGAGGACAUCUAUUUUUAUGUUCUUGCAAUAGCAGAAUAAAGAGAGAAAGAACCUGUUUACA